AUGUCUGCAACCACUGAUCCGUCAACAAUCUGGACAACUCUCCCAGCAACACACCCUCCUUUACAACCUCUUCAAAACGAUAAAGAUGCAUCAACAUCAGAAAUUGCUGCAAUUUCAGAAUCUUACGGCUCCUCCUCCACUACAUCUCUGACAUCAUCCGUGACCUCCCAAUACCAAUACAAUUCGUAUCCAACAAGUGCUCAGUACGCAAUGUACACAAGCUCCACACCUGCGUACUACCAGCAGAUGACUGCAAGUCUUAGAGCUGGAACAACGGCGUUUCCGUAUUCUCUGACAGCUCCUUCUUAUUACACUGGAUCCUAUCCAGUGGAUUACACCUCAGCGGCAGCAGCCUAUCAAACACCUUACUACAAUAUUCGUGGCGGCACCGCUGCUCCUUACUACAACACAUUGAACUCAGCAGCAGCUGCCUAUGCGAGCGUUGCGAACUCCGUAUUAUCCUCCGAUGCAGUCAAUCUGGGCACCUCUUCGGAUAGUUCUUCUGGAGUCCCCUCAACAGUUGGCACUUUCAAUCUAAAAGAGAAAAAACCAAAAGUGUCAAAAAAGAAGAAAACGGGGUCGUGUUCCCCUGGAGAUGAGACUUACGCUCGAGUGUUUAUUUGGGAUUUAGAGGAUGUUGCAGUCAUUUCCAGAAACUUUUUCGAGUCAACUGCUCACACAUAUUUAUGUACAGCUGCCACUGGACUCUUCGAAUUGGUCGAUGGAAUCGCCAAAUCCAGUUUUUCAGAUGUCAACGAGGCUGUCGAAGGCGACGUCACGAAUAUCGAAGACGCCGUCGUGGAAGAUCCAGCAAUAGAUCAGGGACCGAUGGAUAACCUCCGUGGACUUGAUAUAAUGAGAAGAGUGGCUCCGAAAUUCGUGGCAUUCAGGCAGUUCUACUCGGAAUUAUCGAUGAAAUUUAAACAAGAAUCUGGAUUUGAGCAGAAGUUUAAGCAGGAGCUUGGGUUUGAUCAGAAGUCAAAUGGAGUGUUGAAUUAUGAUCUCCUGGAACGAGUCGGUUUCGCCAAUCGGGAAGCAGAGCUCUCCCAAUGUGUUCUUCAACUUCUUGGUUUUAACCAUUCAGGACAACGUUGGUCGUGUGCUCAAAGAUGUAUGGAUUUGGUAGUAGAGAGAUCAAAAAUGUCAGCUGAUAAGUAUGCAAAUGUGGUUCUGUCUAAUGAUGGUGUCGUCCAAGGAGCCGCUGCUCUCUUAAUAUCUGGACUCAACUCGGCAGUUCCAAUAGAAAAUAUCUACUCAACAUUGAAGCAAGGGAAGGAAUCAGUCUUCGAGAAGAUUCAGACAAGAUAUGGAAAGAAGUGCAGUUUCAUUUAUGUCACUUCCAGAGAUACUUCAAGAGAUAUUGCUAAAAGGCUCUCAAUCCCCGUCUGGCCACUCCAAUCCAACAAUGAUCUUGAAAAGUUGUACAAUGCUCAGGAGAGAUAUCUACUCGGUGGAUGA